AUGGCGUUCCAUCUAGCUUCGUCCUCCGGUGCAUCUACUGUGCCGUCCUUCGGUUUCUCGGUGACGGAGAAACUCGCCCACAACAACUACCCCAUGUGGAAGAUGCAAGUCCUCUCGGCGCUCAAGGGAGCGCAGCUCGCGUCCUUCAUCAACUCCGAAGCCAAGCCGCCUUCGUCGUUCCUGGAACCGAUGAAAGUCGAGGACAAGAAGGAGCCACCCAAGACCAAUCCUGAAUUCGAGUCUUGGGUCGCUAAGGAUCAGACGGUCCUUCACUUCCUCCUAUCUUCGCUGUCCAAGGAGAUCCUUGGACAAGUUCCCACCACCGUGGCAUCUGCAAAGGAGGCGUGGACGGCCAUCGAUGGGAUGUUUGCAUCCCAGUCUCGCGCGCACAUCAUCAGCACGCGGAUGGCCUUGGCAACGGCGUCCAAAGGGGCGUCAUCGAUCAGUGAGUUUUUCGUUAAGAUGAAAGCUUUGGUUGAUGAAAUGGCUUCUGCUGGCCGUAAGAUCGAAGAUGAGGAGCUGGUCUCCUACAUUCUUAUGGGUUUGGACAGGGAAUAUGAUCCCGUGGUGUCGGCGGUGGCGGCACGUGUCGAACCAAUCUCAGUUGGGGAACUUUAUACCCAGCUGACAAGUUUUGAGCAGAGAAUGGAGAUGAAGAAUGGCGGCGGUGGCUAUCAGUCAUCGUCAAACAUGGCGUCCAGAGGAGGACGUGGCAAUUACCGCGGCGGCGCUCGCGGUGGAGGUGGUCGCGGUGGCUUUGGCUGUGGCCAGAGAGGCGGACGCACCAGCGGUCGCCCACAGGGAAGCUUCCAAGCUGGCGUCAUCUGUCAGCUAUGCGGCAAGGAAGGGCACACUGUCGUCAAGUGCUUCAAACGGUUUGAUGCCUCAUUCACAGGACCUCCAUAG